AUGAAGGCCGAGGGCAUCCUGAGUAUCGGCGGCUUUCUGAGAAUCUCGAAGAGCCUAUUGGUCCUGUGGGAUCCGACUUACGUGCAACGACUUUGGUGUAUCUUCGAGUAUGCAGCCUUCGUCAAGAGCCACGAGGAUCAGAACAAGAUGAACUUGAAGAUCAGGCCGACGUUUCUUGGCCCCUGCACGCUGGCGAUCGCUUUUGGCAGCAUGGUGGUAAUGAUUACGGAGCUGGUGAUACACACCUUCUUCGACUAUCAUGGGCUGUUGGCUUUCGCUGGUGUUGGAGUGGUGGGCUUUUUCUUCGGCACUGCAGCCUUUCAGAGUUAUUACGACAGCGUGCGCCAGCUUCAAGACGAGCUUACCAACUUCAAGCUUGAUGAAACCAAAUGCACAUGCUGCGAAAUGGGCCACGAGGAGGAGGAGGAGCCUCAAUGUGACCGGCAGGUGGUCAUGGAAUGUGUUCAUCGCUGGUUUGGGUCCGUGGAGAAUUUUGAGAAGGUUGCGCGCACAACUGUGUCCGUUGGGUUGACGAGCCAGCUCGGCCAGUAUUCCUUCCCGUACCGCUGGCUGCUUGGUGCGACAAUGCCCAUUCUCUGGGCGCAAUUGGACAUGGUCGCAGCGAGGUUCAAAGGUGGAGACAAUCACGGUGCCGUGGUUGCCUUCAUACUUGCUUUGGCAAUGUGGCUCGUUGCCUUCCCUACGGUUUUUGUUUGCUGGGUGUGCCUGGCAUCAAUGUUGCGCCGGACGAAGUAUCGCAUUUUGGACUUCCUCCUGACACUGUCGGUGACAAUCGUCGCUGUUGGUCUUGCCGCAGGCAUGCACUUUUACCAGUUGCUGUGUAAUCACCUGUUUCACGACGAUCAUCUUUCCGGUGUCCUCUUCUUCUUCGGGACGUUUCUCGCUGCAGCACUUGUCACAUGGAAUCCCUGCAUUCCCUCCUGUGGCUGCCUUGGUGCCAGCAGCAGCACCAAGCGAUCGCCACAGGGUGUGAUUCCCAGCAGGUGA